AUGAUUUCAACAAAAAGAAAAAGAUCUUCAGAAAAAGCAGAUGUCUUAACUAUUUGUUUAGAUAGCCCGUCUCCUUUAUCUAGAAAAAAUUCUAGAAAGCUUAAAAAACAAAAAAUACAAGGGAGUUCGGGUACUUUUGAAAAAAAAGUAAAAAUUUCAAAUAAACCUGGCAAUAAAGGGAAAUAUUGCGUAUGGAUUGGAAAUCUUGAGUUUCAUACAACAAGGAAAGAUAUAUUAAAUUUUUUUCUGGAAAAAAAGCCUAUUUCAAAUGGAGAAGAAAUACAGUUCCAUGAUAUUACUCGUAUACAUAUUCCUAAAAAAAAUAAAACAGAAAACAAAGGUUUUGCAUAUGUAGAUUUUUCAUCUCUUUCGGCAAUGAAGGCAUCGUUGAAACGUUCAGAAGAUGUAUUAAAUGGACGUAAUUUGCUUAUUAAAGAUGCAAAUGACUUCGAAAGAAAACAAGAAAAGUUGCCCAAUGAAAAAGAUUCUAAUCAAAAGUCCGAUUCUGAGGAAAUAAAACAAAAAUCAUUGAGAAAUAUAGAAAAUAUUGAAAAUACCGAAAAUACUGAAAAACACAAAAAACAUAAAAAAAGGCCUAUUCAUAGUUCUGUAGAAAACAAUGAAAUAGUUGAUACAAAUAAAAGGCUUCGUAAAUCAAUUGUAAAUAAAAAAUAA